CCGCUGGUGAUUGGUGGGCGCGGAUGUCCCUCCUCGCCUGCGCCGCGCACUCGUCAGGGGCUUGCAUCAUCCGGAGACGCCGCGCCCCAGCGUGGACGUCUGCUCGGUCCCUGUCUCGCUCCCCGGCAACAGAAUGGUGCAGCAAGUUCCAGAAACCAUCAGUUUUCCUGAUGAAGAAGAGAAAAUCUUGCAAUUCUGGUCCAAAUUUAAUUGUUUCCAAGAAUGCUUAAAGCAAUCAAAACAUAAGCCAAAAUUUACCUUCUACGAUGGACCUCCUUUUGCAACUGGAUUGCCUCACUAUGGACAUAUCCUUGCAGGGACAAUUAAAGAUAUAGUUACAAGAUAUGCUCACCAGAGUGGGUUUCAUGUGGACAGAAGAUUUGGAUGGGAUUGUCAUGGCUUACCUGUGGAAUAUGAAAUUGAUAAGACACUGGGAAUCCGAGGGCCAGAGGAUGUGGCCAAAAUGGGGAUUGCAGAGUAUAAUAACCAGUGCCGAGCAAUCGUGAUGAGAUACUCUACUGAGUGGAAGUCUACUGUUAGCAGACUUGGCCGAUGGAUUGACUUUGACAAUGACUACAAAACUCUGUAUCCACAAUUCAUGGAAUCAGUCUGGUGGGUCUUCAAACAACUGUAUGAUAAAGGCCUUGUGUACAGAGGUGUGAAAGUCAUGCCCUUCUCUACUGCAUGCAGCACUCCACUUUCUAACUUUGAGUCAAACCAGAAUUACAAGGAUGUUCAAGAUCCUUCAGUAUAUGUAACUUUCCCUUUGGAGGAAGAUGAAAAUAUAUCCUUAGUUGCUUGGACAACCACUCCCUGGACUCUACCUAGUAACCUUGCCCUGUGUGUUAAUCCAGAUAUACAAUAUGUGAAGAUUAAAGACAUUGCCAGAGGAAAAUUGCUGAUUUUAAUGGAAGCCAGAUUAUCUGCCCUCUACAAGGUGGAGAGUGACUAUGAGAUCCUUGAAAGAUUUCCUGGUGCCUCUCUCAAAGGCAAGAAAUAUAAGCCCUUGUUUGACUAUUUUAUACAGUGUAAAGAGAACGGUGCAUUCACUGUGCUUGUGGACCACUAUGUGAGGGAUGAAGAGGGCACGGGAGUUGUACACCAGGCUCCUUACUUCGGUGCUGAUGACUAUCGGGUCUGUAUGGACUUCAACAUUAUUCAGAAGGACUCCCACCCUAUUUGCCCUGUGGAUGCUUCAGGCUGCUUCACAGAAGAAGUGACACACUUCAGGGGACAAUAUGUGAAGGAUGCUGACAAAAAUAUUAUCAGGACUUUGAAGGAACAAGGCCGACUUCUGCUUGCUAGCACCUUCACUCACAGCUACCCUUUCUGCUGGAGGUCAGACACUCCCCUCAUUUACAAGUCGGUGCCCAGCUGGUUUGUGCGAGUGGAGCACAUGGUGGACCAGCUUCUGAAGAACAAUGACCUGUGCUACUGGGUCCCAGAAUUUGUGCGAGAAAAACGGUUUGGAAAUUGGCUGAAAGAGGCACGUGACUGGGCAAUUUCCAGAAACAGAUACUGGGGUACCCCCAUCCCGCUGUGGGUCAGUGACGACUUUGAGGAGGUAGUUUGCAUUGGGUCCGUGGCAGAACUUGAAGAACUGUCAGGAACAAAAGUCUCAGAUCUCCACAGAGAGAGCAUUGACCACCUGACCAUUCCAUCGCGUUGUGGGAAAGGACCACUGAGGCGUGUGUCUGAAGUGUUUGACUGCUGGUUUGAGAGUGGCAGCAUGCCCUAUGCUCAGGUUCAUUAUCCAUUUGAAAACAAGAGGGAGUUUGAGGAUUCUUUCCCUGCAGACUUCAUUGCCGAAGGCAUCGAUCAGACCAGAGGAUGGUUUUACACUCUGCUAGUUCUGGCCACAGCCCUCUUUGGACAACCGCCUUUCAAGAAUGUGAUUGUAAACGGACUCAUCCUGGCGAGUGAUGGCCAAAAAAUGAGCAAACGGAAAAAGAAUUACCCAGAUCCGGUCUCAAUCAUCAAUAAGUAUGGCGCUGAUGCCCUCAGGUUAUAUCUGAUCAAUUCCCCUGUAGUGAGAGCAGAAAAUCUCCGCUUUAAAGAGGAGGGCGUGCGGGAUGUCCUGAAGGAUGUGCUGCUCCCAUGGUACAACGCGUACCGCUUCUUCGUCCAGAACGUCUUGAGGCUCCACAAGGAGGAAGGAAGGGAAUUCCUCUACAAUGAGCACACAGUUAGAGAAAGCCCCAACAUCACAGACCGGUGGAUCCUGUCCUUCAUGCAGUCCCUUGUGGGGUUCUUUGAGACUGAAAUGACAGCUUAUAGGCUUUAUACCGUGGUGCCGCGCCUGGUCAAGUUCGUAGAUAUUCUGACCAACUGGUAUGUUAGAAUGAACCGCCGAAGAUUAAAGGGUGAAAAUGGAGUGGAAGAUUGUGUUAUGGCCUUGGAGACUUUGUUUAGCGUCUUGUUCACUCUGUGCAGACUGAUGGCUCCUUACACACCGUUUCUCACUGAAUUGAUGUACCAGAAUCUAAAGAUGCUGAGAGACCCUGUUUCUAUCCGAGACAAGGAUACACUGAGCAUCCACUACCUCAUGCUGCCGCGUGUUCGAGAGGAACUGAUUGACAAGAAAACAGAGAGUGCGGUAUCCAGAAUGCAAUCUGUGAUUGAACUUGGGAGAGUGAUACGAGACCGGAAAACUAUUCCAAUUAAGUAUCCUUUAAAAGAAAUUGUGGUUAUUCAUCAAGAUCCAGAAGCUCUGAAAGAUAUCAAGUCUUUGGAGAAAUAUAUCAUUGAGGAAUUAAAUGUUCGAAAAGUUACACUGUCUACUGAUAAAAAGAAGUAUGGCAUCCGACUAAGGGCAGAACCAGAUCACAUGGUCCUUGGGAAGCGUCUAAAGGGAGCCUUUAAAGCAGUCAUGAUGGCUGUCAAGCAGCUGAGCAGUGAGGAGCUGGAGCAGUUCCAGAUGUGUGGGAGCAUUGUCGUGGAAGGCCAUGAGUUGCACGAAGAGGACAUUCGCCUCAUGUACACCUUUGACCAAGCUGCAGGCGGGACUGCGCAGUUUGAAGCACACUCUGAUGCUCAGGCUUUGGUUCUCUUAGACAUCACCCCUGACCAGUCAAUGGUGGAUGAAGGAAUGGCACGGGAAGUCAUCAAUCGCAUCCAGAAACUUCGCAAGAAGUGUAAUCUGGUUCCCACUGAUGAAAUAACAGUCUAUUAUAAUGCAAAGUCUGAAGGAAGAUACCUGAAUAAUGUUAUUGAAAGCCACACUGAGUUCAUAUUUGCUACUAUAAAGGCUCCCUUGAAACCAUAUCCGGUUCCUGCAUCAGAUAAGAUCCUUAUUCAAGAACACACACAGUUCAAGGGCUCCGAGCUGGAAAUCACGCUCACCAGAGGAUCCUCCCCGCCAGCUCCCACUUGUGCAUAUGUAAAUCUUAAUAUAUGUGUAAAUGGCCGUGAACAAGGUGGAGUAUUGCUUUUGGAAAAUCCAAAAGGAGACAAUCAGCUGAACCUUUUAAAACUAAAGAGUGUUGUCACUAGCAUCUUUGGUGUUAAAAAUACAGAGCUGUCAGUCUUCCAUGGUGAAACAGAAAUACAAAACAAUGCUGACUUACUGAAUCUUAGUGGAAAAACACUCUGUGUGACCACAGGAUCAGCUCCCUCUCCAGUCAACAGUCCUAGUACACUCCUGUGUCAGUAUAUCAACCUGCAACUUCUAAAUGCAGAGCCACAAGAGUGUUUAAUGGGAACUGUGGGCACUCUUCUGCUUGAAAACCCUCUGGGACAGAAUGGCCUCUCCUUCCACGGCCUCGUGCAUGAGGCAGCCAAGGUGUUUGGCCUUCGCAGCAGGAAGUUAAAGCUGUUCCUGAAUGAGGCUCAGACACAAGAAAUUACUGAAGAUAUCCCCAUGAAGACUUUGAAUAUGAAGACUGUAUAUGUUUCUGUAUUGCCAACAACUGCAGACAGCUAAUACUCA